AUGGCGACCUCAUCCUCAAGUACCACCAGCUACCCCGUAGUGGAGUAUGCUAUCUUUGACAUGGAUGGAUUGCUAAUCCAACGGCAAGCGGCCGAGUACAUCCUCGCGGCCUAUCCGGACGUCAAGGAGCACAUGACGGCGGAUGAGUACCUCGACGAGCGGAACGAGAUGCAACAGGCGCUGUUCAAAAAGGUGCCGCCUAUGGCUGGAGCGGUGCACCUCGUGCAGAGCCUGCAUGCGCAAGGGGUGCCCUUGGCUUUGGCUACCGGAUCGACGUACGAGAACUUCCUGUACAAAACGGGCCACCUACCGCACAUCUUCUCCCUCUUCCCCGCAGACUGUAUCGUCACUGCCGACUCUCCGUCCGUCAAGCCAGGUAGGGGCAAGCCACACCCUGAUAUCUUCCUCGCUGCCGCUGCUACACUGGGUCGAGAUGUAGGAACGGCAGAGGCAUGCACGGACGCUCAGAGGGAAGAACGGAAACGAGCUAUAGUAUUUGAAGAUGCUGUCCCCGGCGUCAAGUCAGGUGUAGCCGCCGGUAUGAACGUAAUCUGGAUACCCGACCCGAACCUCCGCGCCUUGGCGCCGGAUGAGGACUAUGGAGCUGCGCAGGUCCUGAUGUCGCUGGAAGAUUGGGAUCCGGUGCAGUGGGGUCUCAAGGCGUUUCCCUCUCCUUCGGCAGCCAGCUACUCGAGUAGGUCGCAAUAA